AUGUGGUGCUCCCCCCACGUUCCAAGCCGAAGGUGCCUCCUGAAGAUAGGACAAGAAAAGAGGGAGGCAGAUCCACCGCGACCAAGAGCAGGUCAGGCGGCGGCCAUGGCACGCCCAGAUCCGCCAGCGCCAUCGUUGUCGAGCACCUCUGCUCCGAGCGUCGGAUCCACCUCGGGCUCCAUCUACACAACCACGCACUGGCAGCCGCUGCCAUGGAAGGUUCUCUAUGUGCUUGCUUCUUCCCUUCCCAAGACGCUGUUGCUCCGACGCCAUGGAUAA